AAUGUCUUGUGAUUUACGAUACCAGCAGAUUUUAGAAGAGUCCAGUGAUUCUGAUUCUCCCUGGGAUGAAGUUUCGAGGGAAGCAACAACAGAUUAAUCUCAAAAUUGAGCAAAAGAUAUGGGCAAAAUCACUCCAGAAGUCUCUUUGAAUGACAUUUAAUUUUUCAGCUCCUAACAGGUGCAGAAUGCUCAGGCAAGGAAGGCAAAAACAUUGAGAAAAUAGAACUGUUCAGAAAGAAAACAGAGGAAUAACUUGCUUGGAAGUUAUAUGCUACGGCUGCUGCUAAAUCAUAUGAACAAAAGCUUGAGGAGGCCAAUAACGGAACAAAAUAGGCUCUGAAACACUGGGAUAUUUUUUUGUAGGAGAGGGAGGUGCUCCAGCCUUUAUCAUAUCUAAGAUCUGUUUGCUUUUUCCUGACCCUCUAUUUAAGGUCAGCGAUGUGCAGUGUUUUCCUAGUGCAACAGACAACCAGCUGGGCUCGUGUUUGCCUGCCUUUGCUUUCAGCUCAGAGUUGCCGCACCAUGUCUUCUCAAAAACUUCAGGUGGCCCCCCCUGCACCUCUGCUACGACCCAUGUUUGUCCCUGAGAGGCUUUUAAUGGGUCCUGGACCUUCCAAUUCCCCACCGCGAGUCUUGUCUGCAGGUGGUCGGCAGCUAAUAGGACAUAUCCACAAAGAAAUGAUUGAGAUUAUGGAUGAGAUCAAGGUGGGAAUCCAGUAUGCCUUCCAGACACAGAAUCCCCUCACGCUUGCUGUCAGUGGCACAGGUCAUUGUGCCAUGGAAGCAGCCCUCCUGAACGUGGUGGAAGAAGGAGACAAAGUAUUGAUAGGUGUGAAUGGAUACUGGGGUGAACGAGCAACUGAUAUUGCCAAGAGGCUUGGAGCUGAAGUAUAUCAGCUGGUAAAAGAACCUGGAGAGCAUUUUACUUUGGAAGAAAUAGAGAAGGCUUUGUUGCAACAUGCUCCUGUUUUGUUCUUCAUCACACAUGGAGAAUCAUCCACAGGAGUGAUGCAGCCACUGGAUGGCCUUGGUAAUCUCUGUCACAGGUAUAAUUGCUUACUAUUGAUAGAUGCUGUGGCAUCACUAGGUGGAGCUCCAAUCCUCAUGGACCAACAAGGAAUUGACAUUCUCUACUCGGGUUCCCAGAAGGUCUUAAGUGCACCUCCAGGUGCUUGUCCCAUUUCUUUCAGUGAAAGAGCCAGGAAGAAGAUUUAUGCCAGGAAGACAAAGCCAGUCUCCUUCUAUUUGGACAUGGAAGAGCUGACUAAAUACUGGGGCUGUGAUGGCCACCCAAGAAAAUAUCAUCAUACUGCUCCAAUCAACACAUUCUUUUGUCUGCGAGAAGCCUUAGCAAUUCUUGCAGAAACGGGACUAGAAAAUUCGUGGAAGCUUCAUAAGGAGAAUAGCCUGUAUUUGUGUUCAGGGCUACAGAAAUUAGGCUUCAAGCUCUUUGUGAAAGAUUUGAAUGCAAGGCUCCCAACAGUCAACACAGUCUUUGUACCUGAAGGAUACAACUGGAAAGAAAUAACUGAAUAUACAAUGAAAAAUCAUGGGAUCGAAGUCUCAGGAGGCCUGGGUCCUUCAGCAGGCAAGGUUCUUCGAAUAGGACUGAUGGGUUACAACUCUACUAAAUUUAACGUUGACAGAGUCCUUCAUGCCCUGGAGGAUGCCCUCCAGCAUUGUCUCAAGAACAAGUUAUGACCUCCUGCACCAACUCAGAGAAAUUUACUUCUGUCCUGUUUUUGCCUCUCCUUUCAAAUGUGCUUAGUAUAGUAUGGCCCAAUUACUUUAGCCUUUCAUUUUUCACACUGGAUUGGGCAUUGGAAGUCUGAAACAUAGAAGAACCUACGUAUAUUGACAGGAAAGCGGGGAAUCCUGUGGAGUAACCAGAUGUAUUACUAUACAUUCACUUUCUCAAUGAUUUUUCUGCAUUCCAAAAUAUCUGUGUGACUAUGUAUAUUUCUUUAAUACAUUUGUUGACUUAAAUCUGUAAAUUUAAUGGCAAGGAAUACUUAAGAUAUGGUUCUGCCAGUUCCUUGUUUUGAAAUGUAUUCUGAGAUUUGUUGGCAGUCUUCCAUCCAGGAAAUAACUAGAGUUGAUCUUGCGUAACUUACUAGAUUUGAUGUGAUCUGGUGCCUUUAACUAGAUUAAAAUUGACACAGGAAUAAAGUUUGCUUGCUUGUUAUUGCUUGCACAACAACUAAUGCAAGUUAUUUCCUCAAGUUUAAGUGUGUAGCUAGUUGUUGCAAUUCGUUGGGUAGAACCCAGUUGCUUCACUAUAUUAACAGUUGAAUUUUCCCAAGUUGCAUAGUGAUGAUAAGGGAAGAAAGACAAAGCCUAUUCAGUCUACAGAGACUAUUCUCCAGUUCCUUCAAGGCUCGAAUAUUUAUUGCGUUUUCCCUCUUGUUUCAUUACACUAGCAAGGAAUAUUGAAAGUAUUUCAGGUUUUCAAUAUUAUUCUUUAUCAAAUGUCUACACUGGCAAAAGCAUAUGAGCUUGUAUAUAGUUUUCAUAGAACGUAUGUAUGAAAGGUCACGAGUAUAGUUUCGCAGAAACACUUUAAAACUUUCCCAACUACAGCUCGAAUCUUGUUCUCACUACUUUUGAUUCUAGGCAGCAUCGGUGAGCAAGAUAUAUUCACUCCAGCAUCACACAGCAAACUAGAGAUGAAAAAAAUAUCUGCCACUGGCUGAAACAUGUGGAAACCUUGUCGGAAAGAAUAAUAAAGCAGCAUGAAAGUU